ACGGGCAUUCACUUAUUUCAAUCCGUUUUUUUGUUCCUCCCCUUCCUUUUGGGUCGCAAAGUUCGGCAUUUUACUGAUUCUCAAAGAAAGAAUUCAAGCACUUCAAACAAACUCUCUCUCUCUCUAUCUGCUCUGUCUCUCCAUGGCUAGCUUGAGCUUCAUAGUUGGCAUUCUUGGUAACGUCAUCUCGAUUUUGGUUUUCGCUUCUCCCAUACGGUCUAUAGACUCGAUGAAGUUGUUCAAACAGAGGCACUCUGCAUCUAGUAGCUUCUAUAAAACGUUUUGGCGAGUGGUCAAGAAGCGAUCCACAGAGAAUUACAAAGGAGUUCCUUACAUAACAACGCUGCUGAGCACGAGUCUCUGGAGCUUUUACGGGAUACUCAAGCCGGGUGGAUUGCUCGUGUUGACAGUGAAUGGCGCCGGCGCCAUCAUGCAGUGCGUCUAUGUUAUUCUGUUUCUCAUUUAUACUCCCAAGGAAAAAAAGAUUAAAUUGAUGAAGCUGGUGGCCAUUCUAGACGUGGGCUUUCUUGGGGCAGUAAUAGCUGUGACUCUUCUGGCAAUCCACGGAGAUAUGCGGGUCACGGUCGUGGGAAUUUUGUGUGCUGGAUUGACCAUCGGCAUGUAUGCCGCUCCUCUAACUGCGAUGAGAACAGUUAUUAAAACGAAGAGCGUCGAGUACAUGCCGUUCUUCCUCUCCUUCUUCUUGUUCCUCAAUGCCGGCGUUUGGUCUACUUAUGCGGUGCUGGUCAAAGACUUCUACAUCGGAGUUCCGAAUGGGAUUGGGUUCAUACUUGGAUCAGCACAGCUGAUACUGUAUUCGAUCUACAAGAACAAGUCCAUGGCGUCGAAAUCAGAAGAGUCUAGAGAUGAAGCAGAGGAAGACGGAUCGUCUCAUCUAGUCAAAGGGGAUGUAGAGAUGAGUUCAUACGAAGUUGAGGACGAGAACCGGCUGAAAAGCCAUACCAUCGCUAAGGCGAGAAGCCUGCCCAAGCCAUCGGUGAACCGGCAAUACAGUUUGCAGAAGAUCGUGAAGACGCUUUCCAUAAGUCCGUACGAACUCCGCUCUCAUGACAAGGAUGAGGACGAUUUGGGACGUUGAAACUAUCGAUGACCGAUACAAUUAAAAAUCCCGACGUGGGUUGUUACAUGCAUCAUGUUCAUGAAGAGCAAAUGCAUGCAGUGUUCUUGGAAAAGGCGGCUGUUUUUCCAUGGUCUAUGUGCAUUAGAUUGAUAUGAGGCUUGCUGUACCCGUAGAAAACUUCAGAAUGGCUCUGUAUUCACACCAUAUAGGUCUGAAUGUUGGCGGCUCAAAGCAAUGGAUUUGAAGAGAGU